CCCUGGCGUCUGCCACACUACGUACUUAUAUAAUAAGGAAGUUGCAUUCUGGCUAAAAAAUGAGGAAAUAGCACAUCACUAGCCACUACUCAAAUAGCUCUGUCACAAACACUCACAAAGGCAAUCAGUUCCAAUCUACCGUCUUUGUGCACAUGGCUCCUUUUCUUGUUAUCGUUGUUACCCUCUGUGGACUCACAGGAACUCACAGCCUCACUACGGUGAGUGAAGAAGUGUCUGUGAAAGUAGGGGCCAGGGUUUCCAUUCCAUGUCUAUACCAACCAAGCCAUAAGAACCAUGUUAAGUACCUUUGUAAAGGAAGGCCUUGGUUGUUUUGUGUUAUAAUAAUCACAACCAACUCAGAGAGUAGUUUUCCAGAAGGCCAGUACACAAUCUCUGAUGACCCGGACCAAGGGGUCUUCACAGUAUCCAUCAUAAGCCAAGAGGAGGGAAGGCAAACCUACUGGUGUGCUGUGGAGAUACCUAAAGCCUUAGAUAAGAAAACAUGUUUCCAACUUUUAGUGUCCGAAGGCGAGUCCAGUCUGUAUGUGGAUCAACAGGAAAUAAUAGGAUUUGAUGGAGAUAGCAUAAAUAUCAGUUUUCACUCUAAAACACACGGCAAACCAGGAUGGUGCAAACUGGGCCACUGCAAGGAAAAACAGGAUGGCUUUAUUGAAGGUUCACAAGUCUUAAUUGAUGGAAGCAAACAAGACGUUUUUGUGGUGACUAUGAAAGACCUAGACAUGGAAAGCAGUGGUUGGUACAUUUUUUUCCAAGGGCAACUAAAUAUGCCAAUACAUCUAACCGUUGCUUUAAGCCCAACGACAACGAAUUCAAAUGUGGUGUCCACUAAAAAGAUUACAGAGAAGGAACAUGAACUUGUUCUCAGAGACGACCUAAAGAACCUUCUCCUUCCUUUGGGCAUAUUGCUGUUCAUUAUAGCAGUGGCCCUGUUGGUUUUGUGGAUGUUCCACAGGCGUGCCGAAAGAAAACGUAUAGCAAUCAGAGGGUCGUCUGAGCCAGACGUUUUUUAUAGUAGCGUGAUGCCGAUGCAUUCCAGGGCAGCACAGAAUAAACCUACUGGUGACAUGAAUCUCAAGGAAAACCCAAACGAGGAUGGAAAUAUAACAUACAGUGUUAUUGGCCCCCAUCCAAAAAUAUAAAUCAUCCAUGCCAUUCAAUUGAUCAUACGCUUGUGACUUCAACACUUAAGAUGACUUUCAUUCACAUUUUGAGUAGGCUACUAUUUAUCUUACAUGUAUACAAUAUAAAUGUGUCCUCCCUGUAAACUAUCCAGAAAUGAUCCACCAGUAAUUAUUAACAACUGUGUCUUCCCCCCCCCAAACACACGGACACAGAAACAUACACACCCAUACUCCCCCCACCCCCAAACAAACACACACACACACACACACACACACACACACACACACACACACACACACACACACACACACACACACACACACACACACACACACACACACACACACACACACACACACACACACAGCAAGGAUUUGCCCCAGAAAAAGUAAUGUGUGACAUAAAAGUGACAUAAUGGGUUUCUUCUUAAACCCAAAUGUUUUACAGUUUUUAUAGUUUCAUAACUUAAGGUUUUUUAAUGCAUCUUCAAAAUGUAUUUGCUAUUUAUUUUUGAAUAGGCCUAUGUAUUUAAUAGUAUGUUAAUUAGGUGAGUGCUGUAUGCAGCGCUCAACUAUUGUUCUUCUUGAGUUUUAUUCUUUCUUUCUUUCUUUCUUUCUUUCUUUCUUUCUUUCUUUCUUUCUUUCUUUCUUUCUUUCUUUCUUUCUUUCUUUCUUUCUUUCUUUCUUUCUUAUUCUCUACAAAUCUUGGGACCUAUCUCCUUCCUAAAAUUUCCAUAGAGAAUCCACUCCAUUAUUUAAAUGUUCAGAAUAGCUUGGAAUCGUGCGUUACUUUUCAGAUUUUUUAUAUAUUUUAUACUUUAUUCUAUAUUCUACUUUUAAAAUAUUAUUUUUUACAAUGGAAGUCAACGGGAGAUCGUUCAGCUCUUUAUGCCCCGUUUACACCAUCCCGCUAAUGGCCGCUAAUGGCCGAUGGACCACCGAUGUGGAAGUCGGGGUGACAUCGGGCUAAAAAUGUAUGAUCGGGUAAAUUUAUCGGGGUAGCAUUUACACAUACCCGAUGUUAUAACGAUAACAUAACGAUUUAUGCCAGGGAAGACACCCGAAGUGCGUUUGGCGUCAUUUGACGUCAUUUCGAAUGACGCCAAACACGUCAAAUGACGCGUUUUGCGUCAUUUGGCGUCAUUUCGGUAGAAGGCAAAGGGGAGACUGGUUUAGACUGAUAUUUAUUUAUAUUACAAUAGCGAUUUUAUAAUAAUAGAACGCCGGUUCUAAAUGGGCGAAGUACCCCUGUAAUUAUAAAAGUAGGACAUCCAUCCAUCACCCCCUAUUUAUACCAAAGUGGCAGAUUGAGGGUCUUCCUUAACACAAUCUGGUCACUCACAAUCGUUAUUUGUCGAGGGUUCUUGAGGGUCUUUCGUGUGUUGAGGUUGCAGAUAUAAAGACGAUAAAACACGAUAAAGCGCGGAAGAUUAACGAAUAUAGCCGAUGUGCCCAGGAAAAUUCCCGAACGACUUGCGAUGUCUUACGUUAUACUCCCGUUCUAUUCCCGAUUAUAGCCGAUUAGCCCAUAGCAACACCUGGUAACCGAUUCUACCCCGAUAGACCCAAAAUUAACAAACAUGUUCGUUCUUUGCCGAUGUUGCCCGAUCAUUGAGCAUUUCUUCCCGUUUCUUCCCGUUGUCUAACGAUGUUCCCGGGAAGAGUAACGGUGUUUCCCGAUGCAACCACGCUAUUUACCUAACCCUAACCCUAACCCUAUCGGGUAGGUGUAAACCCCCCAUUAACGACAUGAUGGCUAUUUAUUCAGCAUUUUUCAACUCUUUCAACUUUUUAAACUAUUCAGCUUUUUCCACAUUUUUUGCAUGGGAGCCAUUUCCUAUGGUACUUCAACUGUUUAAGACGUAACUAAAUCAAUUUUCAACCGUUUAUCUUUGUUCAUUUAAAAAAUCUACACACUUGUAUCUUCAAUAAUAUCCAAACGGAAUUUCAAUAUAAUUUAUACUUUCUUCAGAAUCAUAGUUUUAGUUUCAUACCGGCUUCGAUUUCAGCUGUUCUCAUUGAACACGUCUGUCCAUUCUGACACUCAUACUUCUUAAGACAUCGUAACUCAAUCAUUUAAUCAAACGUUUACCUUCGUUCAAACCAUUUAACAAAUCUACACACUUGUAUUAUCAAUAUUAUCUGAACGGAAUUUCGAUAUCAUUUCAACUUUAUUCAGAAUCACAGUUUUAGUUUCAUACGGGCUUCUAGUGAUGGGUCGUUCGCGACCGAAUCAGUGUCAGUGAACAAACCUUUAACAAGAUCGACCCAAACUGAUUCUUCUCUCUCGUCGUUAGUCUUGUUCGUUCUCAGAUUCAACUCCUCCCAGACCCACUGACUCGCUGUUCGUUCACUGACUGUGAGUGGUGAAGGGGGAAGAGGCUUAGGCUACGUUUACAUGAUAACGGUCUGAACACAAGACGCAAAAGUGGCGUCGCAUUUUCACUUUUUAUUCUGCGUUUAGACAAGCGUUUUCGGGAGGAAAUCUGCGUGCAUACGGUGACGCAAAAGUGUGUGGAUUUCGAUUGGGUAUGGAUGUCAGGCGGGCAGGUGGUGCUGUGAUACACUAUCACACAACACCACCAUGUCUGUGCGCAUGCGUAGAAUCUUCCUUUUUCAUAUCUGCGCCUCGGAAACCAAAGCAUAAUUACAGAUCCUUCUCUGUUCAGUAAUUCUAUCUGUACAUAUCCUGUACAUUUCGUGGAAAGACUCCUGUAAGUUUAUUAGAGCUUCCAGAGCAGCUUUACGGUCCGACGCAUUGAAAUAAUCCAACAUGUUAGAGGGUUCAGGGAGGGGGCUAUACCGCCCCCUCCCUACCGGACUGAGGCGAACCGAUUCGUACCGCACCCUGCAGUGGAAACGCGGCAUUAGUGCGUGAUUAAAAGUAGGCCAAUAGAGCGGGAAAAAACGCCCAAUCUGGCAACACUGCUGAACGUCCUCACACUCCAGCGUCAACGUAAAUCAAUGAGACCUACUGAAAACGAAGAUUGGAAUCAAUGAUUCUUUUCCUUGAUUCAGUUCGCGUCUGUCAGUUGCCAAGAAGAGUCGUUCAGAAUCGUUCGUCCAUUCGUUCGUUCGUUCAGUCGAGUGUCCGGUAGCGGAGAAUCGAAUCAUGUAAUAAUGCCGCGUUUCCACUGCAGGGUGCGGUACGGUUCGGUUCGCCUCAGUCCGGUAGGGAGGGGGCGGUAUAGCCCAGCUCAGUUCAGAGGUCGCGUUUCCACCGCCGACAGUACCCUUUAUGGUAGGCCGGAUGUCGGUCGCCGCGGCCGCUACGUAAACAUUGUGAUAUCAUAGCAACGCCACACAGUGUAGCCUGCUCAAUAAAAACAAUGGAAAAGUUGAACGCCACACAUUAAACGAAGAGCUACCAUGGAAGUCGUCCAGCAACAGUACCUGGCCUUAAUGCUUUUCAUUUGGCAGUUAAUCAACUUCGAAAUGCAAGCUACUGUUUCGAGGCUACUGUUUGUUUGUUUUUAUCCCCACGUCGCCCGGAAGUGACGAUUCUGUCAACCAAUCACGGAGGAGGUGUGUAGCUCGAAUUUUCCGGCACCCUUUCAGGCGUCUCAGUACCCCAACGGAGGAGUACUGAAGACGAGGGCAAAACGAGUCCGGCUCAGUCCGGGUCACACCCACUUUUGGCGGUGGAAACGCAAUCCGUACCGCACCUUUGCGAACCGAACCGUACCGCACCCUGCAGUGGAAACACGCGAUAACUCUUGAAUCGUAUUUGUUUCCAACCAUUUUAACAUUUUUAAAUGGUGUGAAAGUUUACAUUGAUUACUCCAUUUAGACUCAAAUUCAAAUUGAAGUUCAAAUCCCUUCACUUGAUCCCUUCACUUGCCAUUUAACAUUUCUUUACGUCUUAAACUAUGUGUCUUUAUUAUAACAGAUUUUCAACCUCACUUUGCGCCACAGCACUCACCUCAUUUUCUGCAGGAAGUGCAUUUUCAAUCAUUAAUUGUUAUCUAAAUGAAAAACAUGUAAGCAGUUCCCAAAUAAAGUUGUUAUUUUCUUCAAUACUCAAUUUCUUCUCAAUACUGUACUAUAUUUAAUAAUCAAUAAUUAAUGAUUCAAUAAAUAACUACAUACAUUUGUGAUUAUUAUUAUGAGGCAUAACAGCAUUAAAACAUUUCGGGAACCUAAAUGAGCUCGCUUUGCCCUUUUGUUUAAAUUCUAUUCAAUUUUUUUUGUCUUAUUCCUCAAUUUAUAAAUUACCUAGCUAUUUAGACCUAUACAUUGAGCAACAUAGCCUAUUUCCUACAAAUCUGUCCUCUGUAAGGCUAAAGUAAAGAAAAAAAUAUGGGGCCAUUAGCAUAGCACAAGUUGGCAUAUUAUAUGCAAAUACUACAUACUUAACAUACACUAGUUUGAAUAAGGUUUGACAUGACGUGUUGUGUGAUCAUGGCGUGUCAUGUGAUUUGUGUGUAUGUUUAUUUGUGCGUACAUUUGCUUUGGAGUUUUGAGUUCUGUUAGUGAUUUGUUUGUUCUAGAAUAUU